GACUUGGCAGGUAUGCUCUCAGGCCACCCCUCAGUGAAGAUAAAACUUGGAGAGAACAUGAAGGACUGUAGCUCUCAAUGCCAGUUAUAAGUGAAAUAAGUAAAUGCAUUUUCUAAUUACACUAAAAUAAAAAAAAGCAGGACAUUGGCAAGAUCCUAAGGUAGACGGUCUGUUAGUGCUGCUUUACAAAGGGGUCUUCUUUUGGAAGGAGUCCUCUGUUUGGACCUAGUCCGGUUUCAAGAUAAAUAACCCUAAAACAGGGGCAUGGAAAUUAUUGCAUGGACAGUAGUCUGAGCAGCCACAUAGGUCACCUGGACACAGGGUUCCCCCUCCCAAUGUCAAGAAGUAUUGGCUUUCUAUUUAAAUUAUAGUCAUAAUUUUAGAAUUGGCACCAAUGCUUAUAGGAAGGAACACAGGGGUCUGUGGCUCAGUAUAGCACCGUACACUGACUGGCAGGGACUUUCAGGGGUUCCAAUUUAAGGACAUUCUUGUCCUACCUGGAGAUGGCUUGCGAUUUUCUGCAAGCAAAGCAGAUGCUCUUGUCUUUUGUCCUCUUUUUUUCUGGUGAUGUGUAAGUGGUCACUGUAACAUAAUUCAUUUCUAUAGUUGCUGUUCAACAAGGAAAAAUAAUGCCAGUGUGUAUUAUUAUUAUUAUUAUUAUUAUUAUUAUUAUUAUUAUUAUUACUACUACUACUACUACUAUAUUUCCACAGCAUGCUAUUGCUUUACACAGUGUUUUUCUACAGUAGCACAAGAAAAACAAGAUAGUUCCCAGCUCUAAGGAUCUUACAAGCUAAACUGUUACUCCAGUGCCACUAAAGUUUUUUCAGCACCUUGAACUAACAGUUCUACACCGAACAUGACAUUGUUGUGGCUUUUAUAAAAUAGUGUGUGCUUCAAAAGCAGCCCGUAGAGGGGAGUAGAAUAUAACAGGACAAUUUAACUACAGGCAUUUUUUUUCAAGAGUUCCAGUUGGAGCCAACUAAAAACAUCUGCUGUCUUAUUUAUAGUUCCCAGUUCCAAGAAGUAUAUUCUGUGGCAGAUGAAAAAGUGGGUGACAGCUCAUAAUUCAUAAAGUUACCAAAGCCUAAUCUGAUAGAACAUAAUGUACAAACUCCUCCCUCCCACACAGACAAUAUCGCUUCCUUUUAACACAAGAUAUAGCAUGGCUUUGCUACAUAUUAAAUUGAGCGUUGACAUACAAUUUACAACCCUUGUUAUAAUAAUUAAACUUUAAUAAAGAAGCACUGUGGCGUAUUAUUGCAAAAUGUUGGCUCAGAGCCAGCAAUUUGGGGAGAUGCAUCUUGUUAGUGUGAUUCUAAGCCAGGUUGUUUUUGGUUUUUUAAAAAAUCCAGUUAACUUCCCCCUCGGAAUCUAUUUUUGUUUUGUAUUAUAGGAACCCCUUGUGUUGUUGUGCUGAGGAUUGUUUUUCUUUUUCUUUUAACAAGGGAGAGGGGAGGGGAAGACAUUUUCUAGCAUGUUAUAUAUACUGCAUAUAUUUUUGUUUAAAAUACUGGUAAUAAUAAUAAUAAUAAUAAUAAUAAUAAUAAUAAUAAUAAUAAUAAUAAUUUAUUUAUACCCCGCCCAUCUGGCUGGGUUUCCCCAGCCACUCUGGGCGGCUUCCAACCGAAUAUUGAAAACAGUACAGCAUAAUUGUGGUAAUCGUGAGAUUUCUGGGUAGUGGGCUGAGAUUGAACUAGCCUGUUGUGAGAGUGUAUGUCCAACUUACUUUAUAAUCAAGUUUUCGGAUGAAGGCUUUGGUAAGUUGUUGGUAAGCAGUAUUUCCCCAUGCAAGCUUUUUUUCCUAAAGUUUCAAAGCAGCAUUUUCCUUUGGAGGGUAUGGAGGUGCUCACAACACAUAUUCAUACCAUAGAUCCGGCAUCCCCAAACUGCGGCCCUCCAGAUGUUUUGGCCUACAACUCCCAUGAUCCCUAGCUAGCAGGACCAAUGGUCGGGGAAGAUGGGAAUUGUAGUCCAAAACAUCUGGAGGGCCGAAGUUUGGGGAUGCCUGCCAUAGAUGGUGUAUACACCUCAUUAAAGCAGCUUACAAUGAUAUAAUGUGUGAAAUAUAAAUGCACCAUUUUUGCAGAUUAUAAAUAUUUACAUUAUGUUCCUCAGAAAGCAGUUCUCUGGAACAAGUGCCAUCCAAAUGAACAGUUGUUGCACCACUGCGCACACCCAUCCCUCCCACCUCACUAGACCAGAGCUUUCCAAACUGUUCAUGUUGGUGACACACUUUUUAGACAUGCAUCAUUUUGCGUCACAGUAAUUCAGUUUUACUAGCAAACAGGAGAUUGAACUAACCCCUUUCCAGCCGCAGGAGCAGGGCGGGGGGCGUGGCGUUUGCAGGACACACCUACACACUUGCAGCCAACACACUAACACAUCAUGACAUACAGUUUGGAAAGCUCUGCACUGGACCUUGGAACAGACAAAAUAUGGAGGAGAGUUCUUGAACAUUUGGGGGACAGGGCAGAAGUUGUCUGGAAUCCAGGUGGGGGUGACUGUAUUACUUACUAAUUGUUUUUUGCAGUCUUCUGUGGUCACUAGGGUGAUGACUUUUUUACAACCUCAUUUCCCUGUAUCAUAAUUUGAUGAGCUUUCAUUAAAGAUUAGAUAAAAUCUUACUUUCAAAGAGAGGUGAUUAAACAACCUCAUGCACAAAAUGAUUAAAAAAAUUUUUAUUUAUCAGUUUUGAAGUCACUGUAAGCAGAUAUAAAAUUGAACCCAAGCUUUAGAGUCACAUAUAUACAACAUUAUAUAGCAGGCAUCCCCAAACUUUGGCCCUCCAGAUGUUUUGGACUACAAUUCCCAUCUUCCCCAACCACUGGUCCUGUUAGCUAGGGAUCAUGGGAGUUGUAGGCCAAAACAUCUGGAGGGCCGCAGUUUGGGGAUCACUGUUAUAUAGGAUCAUCAAACACACAAGGAAGCUUUUUUUAGCUGCAGUAACAGUAUAGACGCUGCUAGAGGACGAUGUUUUGCUACCUCUCCUGUAGGUUCUUUUCCCAGCAUGCCCGGCAGGGUCUGCUGGCUGAGUUUUGAGGUCUCAAAAAGGGACUUUUACCUUGCGCAGGUGUGACAUUUGUAUACCCUAUGUUGCUAAGAACACUCCCCAUUGUGGAAUGUGGUGUUGUGUCCAGAUUUGAUACAAAAUAUAUAUAGAAUUGUUAAUACAAUUUUAUGAAAUGGUAAAACGGCAUACAAAAAAAUUAAAAACGGUUUGUGCAUAACCUUUUUUAAUAUUUCAAUGGAAUAUACCUCAUUUUAGUCAUUAAUAGGCAAAAGUUCAUCCAUUUGUGCUACAGGAAAUAAUUUUUGAGAGAGAAAAAAAAGAAAAUGUCAUCACCCUAGUGGUCACCCCAUGGGGGCGACCAUCUUGUUUUCAUACAAUGUGCUACCAACAACACAACAUCACACUACACUAGUGUACCCCACAGUAGCAGUUGGGCUGCCAUUGUUCUGUCGCUAAACUGGGGCUUCAUUUUAAAGUUAAAAAGAUAAUACCAACACCAGUCCUUGUGAUAAGGAAGGAAGAGAAAUUCAUUGGUCCAUGUUUUAAUUUUCCACCCCAGGAGUAAAAUGUGGAUUAAAAUGCAGCUGUCAGUCAGAUUAUGCAGUUCUCAGAAUUUUGUGGUGCUAUUUCUGCUCAAAGCGUUCACACAAAAUGCAUACUUCACAGAAUUUAAAAUGCAAUAGUAUGUAUUUAAGGGGGAAAUGCAGCGAAAAGCAUACGAAACAUAUGUUUUAGCAGAAAGUGUGUAUAAUUUGAGUGCACAUUUUUAAUUAUUUUUUAAAAAAACUAAAAAUAAAGCAUGGCAAGGAAUUAAUCUGUGAUUGAGUACAUGUGAAACUCACACUGAACACAAAUAAAGGGAUCCAGCCACCUACAUACAUAGCUCAGUUGGUGGAGCAUGAAAGUCUGAAUCCCGGGGUCAUGAGUUCGAGUCCUACGUUGGGCAGAAGAUUCCUGCAUUACUGCGGUUUGGAAAAUAUGGCCCUUGUGGUCCCUUCCAACUCUACAACUUUGUGAUUCUAUGAUCUCCACCUUUGGACCACCUGACAAAAUAGCAACAGAGCAAUUCAGACUGUGACCAGGUAGCAGUAGGGCAUGCUGGGGUUACAGCCACCAUUGUAUCCACAGGCCCAUCCAUUAUGCUGGUGUUGAAGGUUGAAGGAGGCAGGCAGAAAUGUGCUGUGAGCUAUGCCAGCCUGGAACUGCUGUAGCCAUUAGGCCUCCAUUGGACCCGGUGCUGAGAAAAUCUAGGAGAAAAGAAAAGGUAAAAUUUACUCAGGUUUUUAUUUUAACUGUAAUGUUAGACCAUAGUCUCCUGGAUACCUUCUAGUAAAUGGACCUGACCCCCCCCCCCCCGGCAUGCUUUUCCAAUAGUGUAUCUUAUUACAUUUUAAAGGGCAGGUUAGGUUAUAAUUUUGGUUCUAUCGACUUCCAUGCUUCCUCUAGCAGUAAUGAAAGGUUUGGCUCGGAGGUUUGCAUAGCCAAUCUUCCAGCUUUAACUUUCCAUAGGUCUUUGCCAGGUAAUAACUCUGAAAAUCUCUUUUUACUGAGAACUCCUGCAAAAAGUGCAGCUGUGUGCUGGUUUCGUCUUGCAGCUCAUAGCUAUGUUGGCAGUGCUCAGUUGCAAGGUAUGCUGUCUGCUCCCACACGUUGCUGUUUGCUAAAUGCUGUUCAGGCAUGUCUCUAUUAACAAGAGGGGGAGAGCUUUUUGGAUUGGAGGGAAUCUCAGCUUCUGUUCCGUCUGAUUGGUUACCGCCGGUGGCAAGGUAAAAAUAGAACGGGUGGAAAAUCGAGCAUUUCUGACAUGUCAUCAGAAGCCUCCUUUUAACCUGGGAUAAAAUGCCUAAUGACCAGGGAAGAAGGCUCUUUUUAAGACAAACCCCCGGCAACUUUUAAACUCUGGGGACAGCGGGCUUCGAAAAUAAAAACCCAAAGGGUACACUUUGUCUUAACGUGAACGUUAAAAUGAUUACUUUAAGUGAAAAAUUGAUACUGGAUUGCAGCAAAGGGAUCUGCAAAGUGGCCCAGAUUCUUAAGAGUGGACUUGGCUCUCCAAACCUUUGUGCUGUGAAGCACACAUCAAAGCAGAAGAUAGUUUUGAAGUCAGCUUUUACACUUCCAGAUCUUUCAGAGCAGUUUUCACCACCUGAAAAGGCGGCUCCUCUUCUUAUCAAGUUAGUGGAAGCCAUUGAAAGAAAAGGUCUGGAAUGUUCAACGCUGUACAGGUCACAUGGAUCAAGCAAUACUGGUGAAUUGAGACAAAUUACUGAGUGCGAUUUUUCUGCAGUGGAUUUUGAUGCCAUCGAUCUGCAAGUUUUAUCAGAUGCUUUGAAGAGGUACUUUGUGGACUUGCCAAAUCCUGUCAUUCCAGCAUCUGUUUACAAUGAAAUGAUUUCCAUAGCACAAGAAGUGCAAAACUCAGAGGAAUAUGCUCAAGUGCUGAAGAGGCUCAUCAGAUCUCCUAAUAUACCUCAACAGUAUUGGCUCACACUCCAGUAUCUACUCAAACAUUUCUCCAGACUUUGUCAGAACUCUACCAAAAACUUUUUGAAUGCAAGAUCCCUAGCUGAAAUUUUCAGCUAUCUGCUCUUCAGGACCCAGGUAGCAAGCUCUGACAGCCCUGAACAUCACAUAAAAAUCCUGGAAGUGUUAAUUACAAGUGAAUGGAAUGAAAGACAACCUGCACCAGCACUGCCUCCUAAACCUCCAAAGCCUAAUACUGUAGCAAAUAACGGUAUGAACAACAACAUGUCUCUACAAGAUGCUGAAUGGUACUGGGGAGAUAUCUCAAGGGAAGAAGUGAAUGAGAAGCUUCGUGAUACAGCCGAUGGCACCUUCUUGGUACGAGAUGCCUCCACCAAAAUGCAUGGGGACUAUACGCUUACACUAAGGAAGGGAGGAAAUAAUAAAUUAAUCAAAAUAUUUCACCGAGAUGGGAAAUACGGCUUUUCGGAUCCAUUAACGUUCAAUUCCGUUGUCGAGCUAAUAAACCACUACCGGACCGAGUCUUUAGCCCAGUAUAAUCCAAAGCUGGAUGUUAAAUUGCUUUACCCGGUAUCCAAGUAUCAACAGGAUCAAGUGGUUAAAGAGGACAGCAUUGAAGCAGUUGGGAAGAAAUUGCAUGAAUAUAAUAUCCAAUUCCAAGAGAAGAACAGAGAGUAUGACAGACUCUAUGAAGACUACACAAGAACAUCUCAGGAAAUUCAAAUGAAAAGAACAGCUAUUGAAGCAUUUAACGAAACCAUAAAAAUAUUUGAAGAGCAGUGCCAAACACAGGAAAGAUACAGCAAAGAAUAUAUUGAAAAGUUCAAGCGGGAAGGAAAUGAGAAAGAAAUACAAAGAAUUAUGCACAACUAUGAAAAGCUGAAAUCUCGAAUCAGUGAAAUUGUGGACAGUCGGCAUAGACUGGAAGAGGAUUUGAAGAAGCAAGCUGCUGAAUACAGGGAGAUAGACAAACGCAUGAACAGCAUUAAACCAGACCUUAUACAGCUCAGAAAGACCAGAGAUCAGUACUUGAUGUGGCUGACUCAGAAGGGAGUUCGGCAAAAGAAACUGAAUGAAUGGCUUGGCAAUGAAAACACAGAAGAGCAAUAUUCUAUGGUGGAAGAUGAUGAGGAUUUGCCUCAUCAUGAUGAGCGAACGUGGAAUGUAGGAAAUAUCAACAGAGGCCAAGCAGAAAAUUUGCUGCGUGGGAAAAGGGACGGCACAUUCCUUAUUCGGGAAAGUAGCAAGCCGGGUUGCUCUGCGUGCUCUGUUGUUGUGGAUGGUGAAGUGAAGCAUUGUGUUAUCAAUGAAACGCCUACUGGGUUUGGAUUUGCAGAGCCAUAUAACUUGUACAACUCGCUGAAAGAACUGGUGCUACACUAUCAACACACAUCGCUAGUGCAACACAAUGACUCUCUCAACGUCACACUAGCCUAUCCAGUAUAUGCACAGCAGAGGCGAUGAAGAUGUUAAUAAUACUCUGGGGUUUGUCUCUUUCUAUUAAAACACCCACAAAGAUCAUUCAACAAUCUUGAGGCCUCUGGGUAGAGAAUGCUCUUCUUGAGUUGGAGCUAAAGUGUCAAAGCCAUCUGUCUUCAGGUGGGACUGAAGCUUUUCUUCGCAACCGCAGUGGGAGAGAGUGCAGUUUUAAGAGCUGCGAACACACAUUUCUAAUCUAAAGUGCUUUCUUUUUUAGAGGAAAAAAAAACUAAGCAGAAGGCAAAACACAUCAAAAGAGAAGUGCUAUACCUGUCUCCCUGCAGGGACAUAGAGGCCUUUAACCAUGGUGCUUGUUGACCACCUCGUCGAAGCUUUAAGAGCUCAAAUGUUGGAACUCUGAAGACUCCAAAGUGCAGCAGGGGCUGCAUAAAGUGGCAUCAGAAUUUCUCCGUUGCGACUUGGGUGAUGUGGUUGCGCACAGAGGAUGCGGAUUGCCAGUUUUGUGGAUUGCUGGUUUUCUGGCGAAUGAUAUGUAGCAGAACGGCACUUUCACGUUUUAAGGGACACUUUAGAAGACACUUUAAAACAGACGUGGGUAACAUAAGUGCCAGGAAGUGUUUUUGUUUAGACAUUUAAAUUCCUGUUUUAAGAAGAUAUUUAAGACUGAAUAAAACUGGACUUUUAUGGCAUACAGUAUAUAUAAUAUGUACAUAGUUCCGGGUGACUAAAUAUCAUAGAUGGAUACUGUCAAUACCAAACGCAUUCUGUUCACUAUUUGUUUCACCGAAAGCUAAAUCCUUACACUGCUAUGCAAUACUUCAUUUUCUAUUGGCUGUAUUUGUUCAAGUGUAACUAGAGGAUAAGCUUUUUUCUUUUCUUUCUUUUCUUUUUGUCAUCUCAAAAUGUUCCCUUAAUACAUAUUUUGGUGUCAUUUUUCAGUUCGUUCAUUACUUCCUCGGCCAUUUUUUAAAAAGUAAUGUGCAGGAUGUCAGUAAAAGUUGAUUUCAGAAUUAAAUCUAUGAACUAUUUUAACAGGGUCCCCCCUCACUUUGUAUAGAGAAUUGGGCUGGUAGCUCAAGGUUAAAAUUCAAGAUUUCCUUCUUGACUAAAUAUUUUGUUGGGCAGUGCCUGAUAAGCUUCAAAGCUGCUUUAUUCAAUAAAAGAAUAUAUGAACAUUGCAAAGUAUCACUGAGUCCAACAAUAUUGUUUGAAAAAUACCUUCAGAUUAUGGAAUCCCAAUAUAUUUUAUUGGAAGAGUUUUAGAUUUCUGUGCUGGUUCUGUUUGUAUUUGAAUGAAGACAGAUGUUCAUCUUGUUUUGAAUGCUGCAGAAAAACAGUCAGAAAACAUUGGCUACUAGGGUAGUUAAAUCAAGUUUAAUCCUGUUGAUUGACAUGUGAAAUUUUGAACAACAGAUCUAGACACUUCAUCAAAAUAUUUUCCAUAUCAUAUGGAAAAAUUGUUUUUGGUGGGUGGUUUUUCAACCAUGUGUGCAUUUGGCUUCCAUAUUUCAUAUUUUUGUGAAUAACAGAGUAUAAUAAGGAUAAUUUUAGGAAGCCCUAGUUCUGUGACACAUAAUUCCCACAAUUAAUCUUUUAUUACUUUCAUAUCUCUAUGGAGUAAAACAAAAAACAAAUACAGUCAUCUGAAAAGGCAAACAAACCAAUGGAUUAAAAGUAAUGAAAGAAACAUAAAACCUCAUUGUUCCAGUAUCUAACCAAAUUCUGCAUUUCUUGAGCAAAACUUUAAAAAUCAUAGUUGUAUUUUCUGUUUUACAGAUUAGUUGUUAAGGAACUCUGGAAGUUUUUGGUUUUUUUUUUUUAGUGAAUAAGCGAAAAGAAAAUAGUUAUUGUGGAACUUUUUAUGGUUUUGACCCAUUAGGUAAUCAGUGCUUCUUAAAACAAAGCACUACGGAUUCCUUGCAGAUAUCUCUUUCUUGUUUGGUAACACUAUGAAUAAAUUAGCUUUGUUCCCUCAGUCCUUCCCCCCCCCCUAGUAUCUUUAUAUUUGAUGCUGUGAGGAGUUUGUUUAUCACUCGUUGGCUUUGCUUUUCUGAGGAAUGCAGUGUGUUUCAGAAAACUUCAAGGUUUUAAAGCCCCUUUUAAAACCCCUUUUAAAGCCAGCUGGGGCUUUGCCAACCUUGUAGCGGGAGUUGGGGCUGCCCUUGCAAGCUUAAAUCUGCUUUCACUGAAGUAGUCUCAUGAGAGUCAAUGGAAUUGCUCCACGUUUACUCAGGUGGAAGUGGAAGCUGAGAGUCACAUUUCAUCUCAAGGAGCAUUGACCAACAAGAACUAUACCAGGCACCCCCAAACUGCGGCCCUCCAGAUGUUUUGGCCUACAACUCCCAUGAUCCCUAGCUAACAGGACCAGUGGUCAGGGAUGAUGGGAAUUGUAGUCCAAAACAUCUGGAGGGCCGAAGUUUGGGGAUGCCUGAACUAUACCAAUUUUAAUCAGUUCAUUCAUCAUUUAUUUUUUCCACUCAACAGUAGGGGGGAGGAAACGCGUAUAUUUUGCUCCAAUGGUAGUUCUUGGAGGGCAAAAUACGACUGGUCACUGAGUAGCAAGUAGUUUGCUAUUGUAAUAUGACCCGAAUGCACUUUGACGGAGAUGGCUGUGCAUCUGACGUAUUGUCAGACGGAGAGGUGGCGCUGCGAGUUCUGAUCACCUGUUUAGAGGGAAGAGAAGGCUAAGCAUAGGUCCAUUGGGGCAAAGAAAGGUGGCGCCUGGAUUCAGUCCUCACACCACCCAAACUAGCCACCCCAUUGAUCGGCACUGCUCAGUUUGACAGUAUUUGCUGUGCACUGUUGCCAAUCUUGUUUUGGGAAACCACAUGUGUGCAAGCUUUUGAGGCUGGGUACAGUGUCUCAGCCUUGGAAACUACAUAGCAAUACCCUUUUUAGUUUGUGGUCCCCAAGCUAGGAGUGGAUGCACAUGCAAAACGCUGCCUCUGUGCAUUGCAUCUCCCUCCUCUGGUUUAGGAUGCAGAGAGACAGAACCAAACUUCUGAGCUACAAAGAUAAUUAAACUGGGUUCCUAGAAUAUGAACUGUCCUGUUUGUAUCCCGAUGCACCUAAAAUGAAUACAGCUACUACAGACAAAACAAGUUAUGGAUUCCUUAACUUGAGGCUUAGGUUUGUUGUCUCUGAUGUUACACGUGUGUGUGUGUGUGUGUGUGUGUGUGUGUGUGUUUCUCUCUGUGUGUGUGUGUGUGUAAGAACCACAUUCUCACUGCUGUUUUCAGCAACUAUAAGCAUGAAGUGAAACUUUACUCCCAAGUUUCCCAUGUAUUCAAACAACCCGGACGGUGUUCUGAGGUGUAUUUUAAUGUUCGGAUUUUAUCAUUUUGUGUGUCGUUGGUUCUUUGUGCCAUUUGGCAGAAGAUACAAUGCAAAUAAAAUAGAGAAAUGCUGUUAAUUGGAAGUUAGUGUAAAAGGGGAGUGCUUUCUUCUUGUUUUUUCUACACGGAGGAAAAAUUGAGUCCCGAUCACUAUUUCCUAUUAUAAAAGAGAAAUGGAGGAAGUCUGCUGUAUUCAAUCACGGUACUAAACUGAGCAUAUUUCAACGUCUCUUAACUUGUAUUGAAAAAGGAACACACAACCUUCCCCACCCCACCUGCCCUUCAGACUAGGGAAGAGUGAAUGAUUUGGGUGCACUUGAUUUCAAAUUCCAGCAACUUGUUUCAAAGACAGAGGGAGCUUGGAAAAGGUCAUGUUUCUAGAAUUUAUUUUAAUGUGUCAAGCCAAAUCUUAUGUUUCAGUGUCAGCUGUUAUGUAGAAAAAGUGGCUUUGUCAUGUAAUUAACAAUGAGCUUUGAUGCUUUGGGGAAAGGGGGGGGUGUCAUUCUGAUGUUUUUCAUUGAGAAGAACAUUGGUUAGUUUUAACACAGUGCUUUUGCUAUGCAUGGUAUUUGUUUGGGAAAGUGAUUCCUAAGGUGGCUUUUGUUCAGGAUCGCUUUCAGAAUGGGCAGUUCGAAGCUAAAUGCCUCCCAUGGGACAUGGUUUAAAAAAUGCAAUAUUCCAUUAAAAAAAAUGCACACAAAGAAACCCUACAGAUCUUGUAAGAUCUGCUUUUAAAAUGAGCCAGAUACAAAAUUAGGAAAAGUUACAUUACCAUUUGUCCCUAUGAGACUGCAUUAGCUGCCCAACAUGCUGCUAUUUUUAUUCUUGGUUUUUCCCUCCUUAGGAAAAAAAAUAAGCUCUGUUCUGUUAAAUGUCUUUAAAACAUUAAAUUUUUUGUUGUUUUUAAUUUUUGUAAGGGAGGAAGAAGUUAAAUGGAUCACUUUGUACAUUGCCUUUAAAAGGCAAAUGCACCUCCUUAAAAGAUGCUGGCUUUUCUGAAAUUGAUGGAGCUGUGUCCUGUUUUUAAGUUGCUUUAAAAAAAAUUGUACUAGAUCUUCAGCCAGAAUAAAGAUUGUUUUGCAACUGCG